CAACGUGUCAACAUUCAUAACCGUUCAAACUGUUUUUACUUCGGCGGAUUGUUGUUGCAUAUGAUUUUUGAAUUUUAAGCACAAUGAUAGGCACUCAUAGUGGAUUGUUCUUAUUUAUAGCUAUACAAGCUGUUACAUACUCGUGGACGUUUGGUUCAAUCCAGUCAGUCCAGCCAUUUAAUCACAAUUCAACAGUAGAACAUGUCUUGAGAAAACAUAUUUUUCAAAACUAUGACAAAGUAGUGAAACCUACCUCCGAUGAUAAUAUCGCUUUAGAAGUGAACAUGAGAAUAUUGAUAAAAAGUGCAGAGUUGAAUUAUGAAAAAUCUCAAAUGAUACUCAGCACAUGGUUCAUAGCGAACUGGGUCGAUAAUCGGUUGGCUUGGGAUCCGAAUGAAUAUGAAUACUUGAAUUCCAUAAUAGUCGACCACCGUGAAAUCUGGCACCCGGACAUCAUGGCAUUCAACAACGUCGACGCAAACAUGGAAGACGAUCGGACGCACGUCAACAGCGUGGUGAAUAAAAACGGUGGAGUGAUCUGGGUUGAACCGGUACAGUACAUCAUACAUUGCAAGACAGACACGACGAACUGGCCUCACGACACGCAGACUGGAGUCUUGAAACUCGGGUCGUGGUUGUAUUUGGGCAGAGACCUGAACCUGACCAUCGACGACGAUGAAGGAGUAGAAUUAGCCAGCGCACACACAGAAUGGGACAUCCUUAACGUUUCUAAGGAGAGACACGCCAGGUACUAUCCUUGCUGUCCGGAUGAACAGUACAUCGACGUUGAAUACAACAUCACUGUUAGACGGAAAGUCCAUCCCUAUAAGUCAGUCAUCUAUUUCCCCGCGCUAUGCAGUAUUUCGUUUAAUUUACUAACAUUUUGGCUCCCGUACACUGACAAUUAUUGUAAAUUGUUUGUGAACCUAUUCAACGCGCUGUUUGUCACUCUGGCCAUUAUGGUCGUAUACUCAAAAGUGCCAAUCGUUACAUCCACUGUUCCAUUGAUUGUCGUUUACUACACUUAUAGUUUGGCACUUAUCACUGUGACCGCAGUGCUAUCAAUGGCUGUAAAAAACAUGUCCAAAGUGAGCAAACCACUGCCGCACGGGGUUACUUGGUUUCUUCAUUCCGGUUACCUGGUGUACUUGGGUAUCGAGAUAAAUGAUUCACCGGCCGAUUGUCACAUGCUCUGUGAAUCCGAAGAGAUGAUCGCGCAGACCGCCGAUUUGAACGAGAGACAUAAACUCGCCAAGGUAAUCGACAGGAUAUGUUUCGUGGUGUUCGCAUUCGUCUAUUUGGUUCUCUUGUUGCGGUUCAUGCCGUAGACAGACAUUUUUCUCAAUUAUAUUCUAUGUACGCACACUGUUCAUUUAAGGCUGCACCAACGCCGCACCUAUUAAUUAUAUACUUAUUAACGAGUUAUUUUAAAACUAUAUUUACCUACCUAUACCUACACUAUAGAUGGACAGUAUCGUUGGACGGUUAUAUACUUUUCACUAACCGGAAUACCCAAAUUAUGCCAGAUGAAGUCAUUGACGCGAGUAGUCUAAAACAACCAAAAAGUUGGAUUUUAGUUAUAGAUACUACCUAAUGACUUUAUGACUGUGACUACAUAUGUAUAUAAAUAAUAUAAUAAAGUAAUAUUGUUCAAGUUCCA